AUGACUACACCUCUUAUAUUCGUGACCGGUGCAACCGGCUUCAUCGGUUCGCAGGUCGUCGCUACUACACUCAAAGCCGGCUACCGCGUGCGCCUGAGUAUCCGUAGAGCAGAGCAGGAAGCCACCUUCAGAGAGCUCCACCCCGGCUAUGGUGACAAGAUUGAAACAUGUAUCAUACCUGACAUAUCUCAGCGGGAAUCAUUCAAGGAUGCCUUUCAAGGUGUAGAUUAUGUUUUCCACCUUGCCUCUCCGAUCCCCGGCGGAGGAAACGACUUCAAGCAGGACUACGUCGAGCCGGCCGUCAGAGGCACUGAGGCGAUUCUUUAUGCUGCUUUGGAGUUUCCUCAGAUUAAGAAAGUUAUUGUCAUGUCUUCUGUGCUUGCGCUGGCUCCUGUGACUGCGUUAUUUACCAAGGAUAUCUCGAUAAAGGACAACACCGGAGAGAUUAUCCCCGUCGACAUGAACAUGUCUUUCCCGGAAGAUUCUCACGGCCACGCACUCAAAUACGCUGCAUCGAAGAUCCUUGCGCACCAAGCGACACGGUCAUUUUUGGAGAACAACAGUCCUCAUUAUAACCUGAUUACACUCCACCCGACAUUCGUCCUGGGACCUAGUAUGGUUCAAAAGAUCCCGGGCGAGCUUAGUGGCAUGAACGCGCUCUUCUGGUUGUCGAUUAUUUCAGGCCAAACUCAAAUCGCCAAUGCCUGGGUGCAUGUUCACGAUGUCGCGGAUGCACACAUCAAAGCGCUGGAGAAAGAUGUCCAGAGUGGAACAGAGUUCAUCUUAUCCAGACCGUCUGUGUCCUGGGAGCAUGCGGCGAAUUUCAUUAAAGAAAAGUAUCCAGAUGUGGAGUGUAAGCUGGAACCGCCUUUCGAGGGGCAUUGGGCGCUGGAUACCACUGCUGCUGAUCGCAUACUGGGUAUGAAGUGGAGGUCGGAGGAACAAAUCAUUAAAGAUGUUAUUGAGCAGCAGUUGGAGUUGAGGGAGAACGCUCGUAAUUAG